CCAGCUUGUAGGAGGUGCAUCCUGGGAAAAACACCAACAUGGGAAUCUUAUUCAAAUAGCGAACUCACACCAUGACUUACUGAGGGAUGGGAACCGUAAUAAUCAUCAUACAAUAAUCAGAUAUUAACAGUCAUUGUACGGAUCCCCCCUGAAGCACCGCUCACCUAGUCAGCGUUUCCCGAGCUAUACCCCGAGACGAUGUGAAUAUUUCUGUCCAGCACAGCGCUUGAAUGUGCGCGUAUUUCCCGGAGAGCUCUAUUGGGGAAGUGUAUGACUCCCGAUCUUUGGCGGAUGAUGAACAGGAAUUAUCCGACUUCCAGCUUCGCAGAUCCGCUGGCUCCCCCAGCACAGACCGCAGCUUGGGCCUACGAACGCAGCACCGCAAGUAUUAAGCCAAGGUACGAGAUGAAGAGGAGGGCGGGUCAUCUUUCAAAGAAAAUUCCGGUGAUGGAAGGCCUAACGCCACAUAAAAAAUGUGUUUAUGUUUUUUAACGCGUCGACACAGACAGUUGGUUCUGGAGUUUGUUGUACUAGCAAUGAUUCUGAAGGAAAGCGAAUAGUUAGUUCGUCGGCUUGAUGCAAACUACAGCAUGGAAUUGUUCGGUAACUGGCUGGUUUGCAACAAACAUUGCAAUGUUGCAACUUAAUUUCCAUCAAGGAAAAAAUGUAUUAUGCAUAUGGCGAGCCUGUACCGACUGGAAUGCGACUGCUCAGUUUACAUGACAAUGAAGUUGAGGCUUGCUUUAUAAUAUACGCCGCUUUUUAAACUAAUGUUACUUUGCAAAACUAUGCCGUUAUGAUUUCACUUCUCUCUGAAUAUAAACUAGCGAUUGCUGUGACCAAUAAUAUGACUCCGGGGAAAUAUACACUAAAAUCUAUCUAAUAUUUGGGGGGAAAUGUAACGCUAUGUUAAGCUUCUCAAGUGUAUUGAACUGUAGGAACGUCAUUCGGUAAUUCAUAAUAAAUAUUCACACGGGAAAAAAAAUAUGUAAAAAAUAUAAUAGCAGUAUGAGUAAUUGACUAAGAGCUGUGAGAUUGACAAUUGUUACUCAAUGAGGAGUGUAAUGUGGAAUAAGUGGCAUCUGUCUCCCCUUUUUGCCGUGGGCUUGAUGACCACCUUCCAACUGCUUGAGUAACACCGCUGUUUUACUGUGGACAGUGAGUUGCGUCAUAACGGAGUUAAAUGAUUAGUUGAGGGCAGUCCAAAGUAUUCGGACGUUAACACAAUUUCGGUCCUUUCGGCUGUGUACUCCAGCACACUGGAUUUGAAAUACAAUGGUGGAUAUGAGGUUAUAGGGCAGAGUGCUUUAAUUUGAGGGUAUAUACAUCUAUAUUGGGUGAACCAUAUAGGAUUUGCAGCCCUUUAUACAUUGUUUCUUCAUUUUAGGGAAAAAAAGUAAUUGGACAGUUGGUUGCUCAGCUAUUUCUUGGCCAACGGUGACAUUGAAUCAUUAGUUUGUGUGCAAGAAAGCUAACAAAAUGUCUAAAGUUGAAUGUAGGUGUGGCAUUUGCAUUGUAGUCUGUUGCUGUUCUCUCAACGUAGUGUCAAUGCUUGUAAAACAGGCAAUCGUGAGGCUGAAAAAAUCUGAAUAAAUCUAUCAGAGAUAUAGCCAAAACACUGAGUGUGUCAAAAUCAACUGUUUGCUUUCUGUGCUUACAUUGGUAAGAAACAAGAGCACAACCUGGCAGAUCAUGCAGGACCACUGUAGUGGAUAACCAAUGAAUACUUUCAUUUGUGAAGAAGAAUACCUUUUCAAAUGUCCAACAGAUGAAGAACACUACACCAGCAUAACCUCAGCGGGUUCUCUGCAAGAUGCAAACCACUGUUCAAGCUAUGGAGCCACACACCCGGAAACUGAGCAGCUUCAUCGGCAGACCUACGCCUCCCCUCAUCAGCUCCCCACCUACGUCACUGCGCACCACCCUACAGGGCUAUCUGGAGUCUUCGAUGCCGGUUUGCUCACCACUGGCAGUAAUACUACUGAAAGUUCAGUCAUGAGUUUCCUCUCUGCAAUUGAGUCCCGUACCCAACAGGCUGGUCCUGCUGGGGCUACUUUAUUCCCGCAGUUCAGGACUUCUUCAUGGCAGACAGGUGUGAAUUCGUCACCCACCACAGAAUUGUUUGUUACUGGAGCCCUGCCCUCUUCAGGAACCUUCUCCACCUAUCAACACCCCAAUGCCUUCCCAACCCGAACUUUAAAUUCCAGCCCUUCACUAACACUUCAGGACACUACCUUCAGCACCUCCUCUAAUGGUUUGUUGUCUAAUGACCCCCUCCUGCAGAUCAAGUCCACCCAGGUCACAGUGCCUUCUGCCCUGGCCUUCGACCGCCUUGGUGGCACUGUACUGACCACCAGUCUCCCACCCCAGUCCUCUACAUAUCGCUCAGCCCAGGAGUCAGCCCCGCACCUCCUGCAGCCUCAGUUUGGCCUGCUGCCCUCAGCCCUGAGUGGGUCACAGCAGCCCCCCCAGCCUUACAGCACCUCCGUCUUCUCUGGCUCCAUUGAGAGAGCACUUCAGCGGGAAUGUAGUGUGAUCAAGCACCAUCAGAGGCCUUCCAGCACUCAGUCAGUCCAAGGGCAGCAUUCCCUACAAGGUUAUUUGUCCAGCAGGAGUGAGGUACCCUAUCAGGACACUUUGCAUCAGCCAGCCGUGCCCUGUAGUCCCAUAGAAGAUUCUACUCAGGUGAGCAAUGCAGGACCACAGAAAAAGACAUCUCAAUCCACAAUGGAGCAAACUCAGGCUUACCCACCCUCCACUUCCUCCACCAAGCACACCGAGCAGCCUCUCGAGGUUGAAGAGUCCCAUAGUGGCUCCCCCAACCUGAGACCACCGAGCUACAACUCCCCCUCUCAGAAGCAGAACUCAGUAAUUGCCAGUCAGCCACAGGCCUUCGUGUCUGGGCAGCUGCCCAGCCCCCCGCAAGUCUACAUCACAUCCCAAUCCCUGCCCAGCAGCAUUGCUCAUUCCCAGGUGUAUUCCUCCAGCCAGUCCAACAAGUUGCCUCCUUUGCACAAGUCCCUGACUUCGGUCCCUGGCCAGUCAGGAAACAUAUCUUCUGUGAAACAGCCACUCAUCUUCUCCUCUGGUCAACAGCAGGGGUUGCCCUUAGUUAGUCACACUGAGGCAUAUAGGGUGCAAGUGCUGGGGCUCUGCCCAGAGAACCCGUCACAGAGCUAUUCUUCCAGUCACUCUCAGGGUCUGCCGACUGUUAGCUAUUCCGCACAGUCCCAAGGGCUUGCUUCAGUUAGUUCCUCUCAGAGCUAUGCUUCAGGACAAUCCCUCACACUGACCUCACAGUCCCUGUCCUUCUCCUCUACUCAUGCCCAGAAUUUGCCACGAUCAAGCCCCACCCAGAACUAUGCCAUAAUGCAUCCCUCCCCUGGAGAUGAGACUGAAAACACAUUGUCACCGCAGACUCAGAAAUACCUUCCUUCUGUUCAGUCACCACCUUUCUCUCCUAUGCCUCAUUCCCAAGCCUUACAGAACAACAGAUCCUCAGCAGAUUUAAAAACAUCCUGUGAUGAAAGGAAAUCGGAAAUGUUCACCACCUCCAAACAGGAGGAUGGGGAAUUUCCUGUGCAGGACUUGCAAGCUUUGCAGCAGCAAGCCUCACUUGAUCCUUCAGCUCAAGCCCUUGAGGACGGUGAACUGGGAUUACAAAACAAUGAUAUGAGUAUGAUCUCCAAGAUGGAUGACCGGUACAAUUCACAGAGCGUCAUCCGGAGCAACUCCCGACCCGAGGACGAGAUCGCAGGCCUGAUAGUCCCAGAGUCCAAGAAGGAUGAAAGGAUGAGUUCCUUGAGCCCCCAUGGACAGGAAAUCACUAGUGCCAACAGUCAUUUCAGUGCUACUCCUGACAUUAAGAGAAGCUCCUCCCAUGCAACUAUGAGCACAGAGGAACUGAAGCAACAGUCGCUCAUGCAGAAAGUGGCUGAGUCACAAUUGCAGAGUCACCAAACACAGGCUGUGAGUUCCUUGCAGCCAGCUCACGGUCACUCAGCACAGCACACACAGUAUCUCCGGCUGCCCGGUGCCCAGAUCCUGCCGGAGCCCUCUCGAGAUCUACAGAUGGUCCUACUUCAGCAGUCCUUGCUCAACCCCACUGAACCCCAACAGAUUCCUGUGCAGUACCUGCAGAUGGAUGAUCAGAUCAUUGGUACCAACAGUGGGCAGAGCCAGCAGCAGGUCUCCCUGCCCCAGAACCCAGACGUCCUAAAGAUGGAUGCAAUGGAGACCACCAGGUCACUCCAGCAUCAUAUUUCACCAAAGGAUAACUUCAGCCAAGUGAAUCAGCAUGAUGCAAAGCACCACUUUACCCUAAGCUCAAUUUGUUUCCCGGACUCCAUUCUGCUUGCAGAUGAGAGGAACAUCCUCUCCAAUGUCGAUGACAUUUUGGCUGCCACUGCUGCUGCCUGUGGGGUCACUCCACAGGAAUUUGCCAAAGUAACGUCCUCAGUAGGGGACAUGCCCUUGCUCACCAACACCACAGACUCAAAGGGGAACUUGCAAGGGGCACUUAACACAAGGCAUGUUUCUUCUAGUUUUUCUUCCCAACAAUUAGCUAUUUCCAACUCUCAAGCUAUGACACUAAAUGGUAGCCAUUUGACUAUGUUGCCUAAGGAGGCAGUCCAGGAUCAGCAAGCAACAGAGUUACCAAAUUCACAUAUACAGUCCUCGCUCCUCAACUUUAGGCUUAAUAUAGGCGAGAAGGCACUGAGAUCUCAACAGGAGCCUCAAAGUGCCAGGCAAGGGUUUGAAAGGGAGAGGGAAGACAGAAUAGAGGAAGAACACAUGAGGCAUGGAAAUAGGACUGUCUUCAGUUCUGUGAGGAUAAGUACUAGUGACCCAGGUGUUGCCUCUGACAAUGGAUUCCCCCCAGGCAGAGAUGAUUAUGACCCCACUAGGCUAUUGGACAAAACCAAUAUGUCCAGCUGCAAGAACCAGGUUCAGUGCAGUGAGCUAAAAACAAUUAAAAUGGAGGACACAUUCAUAGAGUUUCCCACCAGAUGUUUAACCAAGAAGAAAGUCAAGUCUAAGGGUUCAAUGAAGCUGGUGGGGGAGGAGAUGAAUGGUCACCUCAAGCCAGUGAAACGUAACCAGGGGAAGCGUCAGAACUCUAGAGGGAGCGACACAAACUUGCCCUCCACCUCUGAUGGCUGCUACGAGAGCUACCACCAGCAGGAGCGGAUGCAGCAGAAGAUCAGGGAGGUGGAGGAGAAACAGCCAGAGGUCAAAACUGGAUUUAUAGGGUCCUUUCUGGACUUCUUGAAAUCAGGACCUAAACAACAGUUUUCCUCUCCUCCAAUAAGGAUGCCCAAUCGCUCCAGGAAGUCUUCUGCCUCCUCUAAACGCACUUCCUGUCCCAUGUUAUUGUCUACUAAGCCCCAGCCUCACAUUACACAAUUAGCACCACCAGAAAUGGAUAGCAUCAGUCCAUCCAGAAGGCUUGACGAGGAGCUGAAGAGGAACCUGGAAACACUGCCAUCCUUCUCUUCAGACGAGGAGGAGUCAGUGGGCAAAAAUCAGGAUCUUCAGAAGAGCAUCACAUCUGCACUUUCUGCACUGGAUGACCCAUCAGAGAAAAAGAGCAGGUUGGAUGUCACACAGAAAAAUCUGCCUAGCACUGUUAUAAAGCAUGAGCAGUCUCCCUGCACAUUUCCUUCAGCACAAAAGACGCAACAAUCUCCUCUGGCCGCGUCUGCGGAGCUGCUUGCACAGACACUGUUGAAGGGCGUUCCUCCGGACCAGCUAGCUGCACAGCUGACCUCCGUGGCCAUCGAGGGCCUGACGGACGAGGAGCUGUCCGACAGCGGCGGGGAGGGGAUGUACCGGGAAAGGGAUGAGUUUGUUGUGAAAAAUGAGGACAUCGAAUGCCUGAAGAUGACACUGAACGCAGGGUGCGAGCCGCCUGCCAUCUGGAAGGUUCAGAAAGCCUUACUGCAGAAAUUUGUACCUGAGCUGAGAAAUGGGACCAGAGUGUUUUCAGCCACCAACAGCUAUUUGGGCUACUUUGGGGAUGCAAAGACCCUAUACAGAAGAGUGUACGUGAAGUUCAUCGACACUGUAAACAAGAGGGAAUACGUACGGGUCUGCAGCAGGAAGCCCAGGUGUAAGCCCAUGCACUCCAUGAGGGGUUCUCAGGCCAGGUCACUGCUCGCCCACAAGACCAUUUCUUCUGCGACAGCUGGUGAUGCCCCAGUAUCCAAACAUGCAUCUUUGAAGGCCUCCUCAAAGGUCAAAUCCAAAGUCAGAGUGGAGCCACCACCCAAAAAGAGGAAAACGUGGAAGGAGGGGUUCUCCGAGCCACUGGGACUGUCACCAGAGGCCAUGAGCGAAGACGAUGAGUUCACGCCUCCGGUUCCGUUCGCGUCUCGCUUCCUCAACACCAGGACCAUGAAAGAGACCUUCCGGAGCUACGUGGAACUGCUCAUCAGCGUGGCCCUGGACGCGGAUCUGAUGGAUGCUCUGGAAAAAGAAAAGGAUGAGCUUCUUCUUCCUCACAUGAGGAAGGUGGAGGGGAUGCUGACGGACAACAGGCGGAGACUCCUGCCCAGACUGCGCGUGGGACAGCUGUUCAAGAAUGCUCUGGACAGCUUCCCCGAAUUAUCCUUGGUGACAGCGCUGGAGAAGGACGGGGAGAACCCUUCCUUGAAAGUGCAGUUGAGUGGGAAGGCCUACAACCGGAAGACUCUGAGGCCCUCCAAAGCCAGCAGCAAGCUUCCCUUGGAGUACACAGUGGAGAAGGAGAAGACGCAGUGGUUUUCACUUUAUCAUUCGCUACAGCAUUACAAGUACCACACAUUCCUGAUCUGCAAAGAUGAGAUCGCCUCUGUUCGGACGCAGAGGGGGGGCUGCCUGGGGCAGGAGGAGACGGUGAAGCUCUGCCUGCGGAACGGCUCGUGGGUGGAGAGGCUCUUCCACAAGUUCGGCGAGCUGCUGACACAGGUGCAGCAGACCUGCCUGUAGCCCCGGCGACCGACCCUCCGAUCCCAAGCCCCGCCCCUUUGGAAAGCGCCAACCUUCAUAAUAAAAGUCAGAAUCCCACGCUUGGCAUAGAGCGAAUCCAGUUCUCUGCGGUCCUUACCGAUUUCACCUCAGCGAUGCUGGGAUAUGCAUAUGGGACUACACUGUUCGAUAUUAUAAAUCUCCUUUUCGUAGCUGGCCAACUGUCCCAAAUUGGUUGGUUUUUUUGUUUGUUUGUUUGCUAUGGUGACAAACAUAAUGUGAUGAAAACAAGAUGAAAAUCUUUUUUAUAGGAAUCAAAACGCUUUCGAUCAGAAAAAAAGAAUGUACCUUGAUAAGUGUUCUCUUUUAUCAGAGACAAUGGAAAUUAUUAGGUGGAAAUGCAAGGUGUGUGUGUGUGUGUGUAAAAUUUCCAUUUCAACAAUGGAGUGCCAAAUUUAUAUAGAAUGUUGUACAUUUUGUACAGAGAACUGUUUUAGUACAUUCUUUAAAGAACGAAAGUGAUGUAAUAUAGACACCUACAUUUUGAGCUUCAAGGACUCUUAAUUAUGAUUAUAUCUGAAUCAGGACUUGGUGCAAUUCUAAUACAGCUUUUUGUGAUAUAUUUUAUUGUAAUGAAAUGCAAUGACCUAAACUUUUUUCUUUAUUUGAGGAAAAAAAGAAAAACUGCCUUUAUACAUUUUCUUUUUAAAUGUACAUAUUAUCUCACUUAAUGGGUGUAUUUUUCACAGAAGAAAAUAUUGUGGUCAUAUUUGUGCCAUGUAUCUUUUUAAUACACUUUUCGUUGCUUGAGAAAAAUAAUCCUUAUACAUUUAUAUGUAGAUUAAAUAUUGUAUACACUAUAUAUCUUGAGAUAAUCUCCUCACGUUGAUACAAGUUUGCCUCAAUUUCAACCAGAAUAUGCAAACAAUAUUUGACUAGUUUUGCUUUUUAAGUGUAGCUGUGUUACACACGGCAAUUAUUUUCUGAUAUGUGAAAAUAAAUUUCUGUCAAAAUGAA